AUGGCUUCCUCCUCGCCGAGCUCCGGGUCCGUCAAACAAUUCCACUCCACAUCAUCACCAUUCGAGGAACGAAUUGGCUACUAUCGAGCUGUCCGUCAUGGCCAGCAGAUAUUUGUGUCUGGCACCACCGCUGUCGACCCCGCCUCACCUAGCCACGCCCCGCAAAUACUCUUUCCAGGCGAUGCACGCCAGCAAACACGCGUGGCGCUGGAGGAAUGUAUCAAGGCAGUGCAAGCCCUCGGCGGCAAGGGGGCGGAGAACGUGGUGAGAGUGAGAAUGUUUGUCGGACGGCACGAGGAUUGCACUGCCGUGGGGGAGGGGUUUACAGAAGUUCUAGGGCGGCACAACCAGCCAGGCGUUGGAGCGGCAGCGACGAUGAUAGUGGUGAGAGGUGGUUUCAUAGACGAGAGAAUGCUCGUGGAGAUUGAGGUGGAUGCAAUUGUUGAUUAA